AUGAAUAAUAGUAGUAAUAAUAGUUGUAACACCAAUAAUAACAAUAUAAACGAAAAUAAUAGUAAUAAUAGUAAUAAUAAUAAUAAUAAUAAUAUAAUUUUAAUUAAACCAAAACCAAAAACUACUCUACUAUUUAGUAUUAAAUUAAUUUCAAUAUUAUUCAUUCACUCAUUCACUCAUUCAUUCAUUAUUGUUAAAGAUAUUGAAAUAGAUAUAAAUUAA